AUGGUCGAACCAAAAAAGAAACAACAGAAAAAGUUACAAACGAAAAAGAUAAAAACAGAAAAGAUAGAAUUAUUUGAUGAUGAGAUUAUAAGUGCUAUGAAUGAAUAUAAAAAUGAACCUAACCCAUAUAUAAAGAUUAGUAAAAAAAUCAAUAAAGGAUUUACCUCAAAACAAAUUCGUCAGCGUUGGAUAAGUCAACUCGAUCCACGUCUCUGUCACAAUGAACUCGAUGAGGAUGAAAGAUCAUACAUCAAUGAAUGGGUUAAAGAAUAUAAAAACCAGAAUCCAUCUGAUAAAAUUUGCUGGACAAAAUUAAUUUUAAAGAUGGACAAAAAAUUCGGUAAAUUACGUACCGAAAAUAGGGUGAAAAAUUUUUGGUACUUAAAAAAAAGACAAGAAAGACGACGAAGGCAACUACCUUCAAAAGUUGAUGCAUCAUCUUCCCCUCAAGAUAACAACAUCUUAAAAAGCGUGUCAUUUUGUUCUCAAGAUAACAACAUCCCAAAAAGCGUUUUAUUUUGUUUUCAAGAUAACAACGUUCCAACAACCAUAUCGCCUUCCCCUCAAGAUAAUAAUAUUCCGACAGUAUCACCUUCACCUUAAGAUAAUAAACGUACUAAAACGCGUAUCAAGCCAAGUUUCUGACAAGAUGAAAAUCAAAAAUUUUGUUAAUUUAGUAAAUAAUACACCCUAAUUAGCAUAAAAAAACAAUCAUGUUGUUUUAUUGUAUAGGAUAGAAAUACUUAUAAAAUUAUUAUAUAUUUUAAUCAACAGAUUUAUUAUGUGAAAAUGAAUUAAUAGAAAGUCCAAC